AUGGCUCGCACGACCACACGUGAUUGGGAUAGUAUCUUCAUCCCGUUUGGAGGCAUCGACUUCGGGCCCAAAUCGUCCGCAUCAACCGUCGUCACCAUCAUCUUCCGGACGGGUGAUGACAUCCCCGGCACGGGUCUGCACUGGCAUGAGACACACACCGAAUACCUGCAAGUCGUGGAAGGCUAUGCACUUGUGACAAUUGGUGAUCGCACAGCUGUAUUCACAAAGGAUGAUGGUGUCAUCACGAUACCCCGAUAUACAGUCCACCAGUACAUGCGCGCAGACAACACAGAGAAAGGCAAGGCAGGCAAGGACAUGGACCUUGUUGUUCGAGAAUGGACAGAGCCAGCAGAUGGCGACAAGGAGAUCUUCUUUCGCAACAUCUUGAGUCUGCUCAAGGAUAAGAAGGAUACUGUAACGGGGACAGUGGGAAUGCUGUUUUCCAUCAUGGUCGUUGCUUGGUCACACGAUAACUAUCCUGUGUUUUGGAAAGGCCCCAGGUUUCUGGGAAAACGUGUUCAAGGAACAGUUCAGAGGGCCGUGACAUACUCGUUGAUGGGAUGUCUUGUCUUCAUGGGUCGGCUGGCAGGGUGCCAGUCGCAUUAUGCCGAGUAUACGCCAUGA